AUGUCAAUCAUGCUGCCGACGUCAAUGUCAACUUCUGUUUUAUUCAGUUGCUCUAUGUUUUAUAGUGUUAUUUUACUAGUACAGCUGGUUGCUGUAAUUGCUGUGGCGUUUUAACAAUAUUUCAUUAAUUAUUUAAUAAUUAAUUAGAUGUCGGAAACUAGUACAGUUGAUUAAAAGCAUAAAAACACCUAGGUCAGUGACUUCUUAAAAUAGGGAAUUCAUUUCUGAUUUGUCUUCUAUUCUUGUUUAGUUCUAUACACUAAAAAGUGAUGAAUUGAAUAAAUAAUAUUCAUUGACCUAUUAAAUACGUUAAUCUGAAUAAAAAUCUCUCUCUAGCCAGCUAAAUCAUUUUAGUUCCUAUGAAAAUAUAGAAACAGCAUUACAAAAUAACUAAUUAAUUCAUACUACCUAUGUAUGUUACUCAAAUAAUGGAACACUGUACAAUACAUCUUUAGCAUUCAACAUGAACAUUAGAUCUAAAAAUGUUGUAUCUUGGUUAUUUCUUCGACCCUGGCUAGGGGUACCAUUAGGCAUAUGGAUAGCUGUAUCAGUUGUUUAUUACUGGUGGUUAAUAUCAAGGAUAAGUGUUUUAGAAACACAGAAUAAAGUUUUCAAGACCCAAUUGAGAUUGUCACAGAGUGUGAUGAGACAGAUGUCUGUGGACUCGGUCACUACAUACAAGGUUCCAUUUAUUCCUGACACAAUGGGUACACUCUGUGAAACGGUUCACAUAGCCAUGGUGUGCAUGGGCAAGUGUAUGAGAUUAGUUACACCAAUGAUAAAAUCUUUAUUACACCAUCGCCAAAAUCCACUGCAUUUUCAUUUUAUUGUGGAUGGUACAUCACAGGAAAUAACUAAUAUACUGUUUGAUACAUGGGAUUUACCAGAUGUAAAAUACACAUGCUACGAUGCACAAAACUGGCUGCCCCAAGUGAGAUGGAUACCUAACAGUCACUACUCCGGCAUAUAUGGACUUGUGAAGCUGUUGUUCCCCAGUAUAUUGCCAAAUUCAUUAAAACAAGUUAUUGUACUGGAUUCAGAUUUAACAUUCCUUUGUGAUAUUGCUGAGCUGUGGAAUUUGUUUAGGAAUAUGUCUAAUGAUCAGUUUAUAGGUUUAGUAGAAAACGAAAGUGACUGGUAUUACGACACAGUUAAACAUUGGCCGGCGUUAGGGCGAGGCUUUAACACAGGUGUAAUGUUGCUUAACUUACAAAAGAGCAGAGACGCCGACUGGACUGCACUUUGGCAUGAUGCCAUCAACGAGAACUUAGACAGGUUGAAACACACCACUCUAGCCGACCAGGAUGUUAUAAAUGCAGUUAUAAAAAAUAAUCCAUCAAUUGUGUACAAUGUCAGUUGUCAGUACAAUGUACAAAUGUCAACUAAAACUAUGGCAAAGAAUUGUUACGGUGAAGAUGGAGCUUAUGUUAAGAUAAUCCAUUGGAAUUCUCCUACUAAGUACAAUAUAAGAACAAGGGAUUCAGAUUUUUUUAGACAGAUCCAUCAAUCGUAUGUGAAUUUUGAUGGGAAUCUACUUAAAGAAAAACUGCACAGGUGCUCUCAAGAGGAUGUUGUAACCUAUAAGAUGAACCAUUCUGAUCUAUGCCUUAGUUUCCGAGCGGCCCAACGAGUUAAACUGCGCACGCAUGUUUAUUACAUGGAAUAUAGUUACUCGGACAUAGACAAUUUCGACGUGACUCUAGUGGUUCAAUUGUCUAUGGAUCGACUACAGUUCCUAGAACGACUUGUCAAGUAUUGGGAAGGACCAUUGAGUGCGGCUAUUUACCUAUCAGAUUGCGAUGUUGCUAAAUUCGAGAGUUUUAUAAGCGAUUGGUCAGAUACAUUAAGUACGAGAAGAAAUAUAGGAUACCAUCUCGUUUUCAAACACGAUUCGGUACAUUACCCGGUGAACUAUCUCCGCAAUGUGGCGCUGGAGCACGUGAACACGCCGUAUGUGUUCCUAAUGGAUGUAGACUUCGUGCCGAUGGUGGGACUGUACGAGCAUUUGCGAGAUGCCAUUAGGAUCAUCAACCCUUAUCCUCAAAAAAAGUGCCUGGUGGUGGCGGCGUUCGAGACGCAGCGGUACCGCGCGUCACCGCCUCGCAGCAAGGCGGCGCUGGUGGCGCGGCUGGCGGCCGACGUGGCGCCGUUCCGGGCGCGCGAAUGGCCGCGCGGACACCGCGCCACCGACUACUCGCGCUGGGCCUCCGCCACCGCGCCCUACGAGGUGGAAUGGCAAUCUGAUUAUGAACCCUAUCUCGUAGUGCACAGAACUGUUCCUAAAUACGACACGCGGUUCUCCGGUUUCGGUUGGAACAAGGUGUCACACAGCGUGUCGCUGCGGGCGCUCCGCUACCGACCGGUGGUGCUCCCGGGGGCCUUCGUGGUCCACACGCCCCACGCACCCUCCAGGGACAUCACCGCCUUCCGUGCCGACCCGCACUACCGCAUAUGCCUAGCUCUCCUGAAACAAGAGUUCAUGGACGAUCUCAAGAGGAAGUACAAUGUUACAUUCGAUGAACCCUCUAAGCCAGAUUCCUUAUAUUUGGGACAGGCGAAGAGCCUCCUACUCAAUAUGGCAAAGGAUGGUGAUUGAUUCUACUGAAUAUCCCCUGUUAUAUGGUAUAUGUAUUAAUAUUAUUUUUUAUCAAAAUAAGUUUCUGUAGGGAUGUGCGAAUCAAUAUCGUUACUUUAAUAUCGACAAUCCGAUUCAAACUAUCAACUCUACAGACAAGUAGCAAAUGAAUCUAUCGUGAUAAUCGUUUCGGUUAGCCUUCGAGUGUGAAAGAGAAUGAGACAUUGUGUAUCGCAAUAUUAUUCUAUCUAUUGGGCUUGUUUUAUUUUGUAUUUUUAGUAUCGAUAUCAAAAUAUCCGAUGUUUGGUCCUAAAUAACAAUAUUGGAUAAUAUCGCUCAUCCCUAAAUUUCGACAGUUCUAUUUGUAGUUUUCACAAAUGAUAUAAAUAUUUUUUUUUUCUAACAAUUCUGAACAACUACUUGAAUGAAACAUCAAUGGUAUUAUAUUUUUUUAUUUUUAUUUUUAUAUAUUUAUUUCUAUGUGGAAGAAGCGAGAGAGGUUUGUUUGAAUCGAAGUAUUUGGCGUUCUAUUGUUUUUGCCUACCCUAAUGGAAGACAGGCGUGACAGAUAUGUAUGUAUGUAUUUAUUUCUAUUUUUACUUUCGUGCUAUUAUUUACGGGUUUUAUAUUUACAACUUUAAAAAUAAAAAUAUGUAAUUCACGUAUUUUAAUAUUAUUUACAAUUUAAUAAUAUACAGCAAUAAAUUUUAAGUUAUUAAAAAAAUACAUUAGAGUUAACUAUUUAUUACACAAUACCAAAGUUGUAAAGCGCAAAUCAUGUCUGCUAUGUUGUGUUAUUUGCUUUGCCUCGUUACGUUGUUUAUAAUUAUCUUUAUAGCCAAAGAGCCCGCUGCUGGCCUCUGUACGUAUAAAAUUUUUUAAUGAAACAUACUCAUUAGUUGUUAGUAACAUUAACUACUGUGUUGUCGUCAAGUUAAUUCAACAGCUAUUAUUUGCUUCAUGUUAACUACUUAUAAAAACUAGCCCCAAUAAUAAACGAAUGUUAAGGCUUUAAAUAUUUUUAUAUAAUAAAGAUGAAUUGUUUUUUUUUUUUAUGUAAGAGAUAAAAUAAAAUGAAAAUAUUUGUAUUUUAUAUAUAAUUUAAGUUAAAUAAUGCAGUAUUACAAGUAUCUCAUGUUUUCACAAACAUACAUUACCAUCAUACAUGUAAAUACAUAUUGAAUUGAACAUUCGAAAAUCAACCGACUUUUCAAAAAGAAGGAAGUUCUCAAUUUGGUUGUAUUGUUUUUUUUUUUUUAUUUAUUAUCGUCAUUAACUCCGUCAGUUCUAAACUGAUUUGGAAAAUUCUUUUUUUUUAUCUGAAAGAAACCAUACAAAUUGGUCCUAUACAUAUUUUAUCACAAUCGGUCGUUUAGAUCAGUAAGUGGGACACAAUCUUUAAUUAUACAUAUUGUAAUACAUGUAUAAGUUGUGAUUUUUGUUUGCGUAGAUAUCAUAGCAACCAUUCCAUUCAAAAUAAUUAUCACAAAACGUAUUGCAUUAUUUGUGACAUGUAUGGUAGAAAUAACACGGGGAGGCGGAUAUUAUUAAUUAUUUAAUUAUGGCAACUGGACAGAUUUUACAUUUGAAAUGAAGCUAUUCCUAAACAUGAUCAUAUAUUGAUCUAGUAGUUUCAUAGACGGAAUUCGUAAAAAAGUAAUAAAUUAACUUAUUAUAAUGAAAUAUCAAGUCGAAUCAAUUCCACUUUUUGUUUAUUAUAUUUUCUAAAUUAUAUAAUGCAAAUAUAAUAUGAUAUAUUCAUUAAUUCAUCCUGACGGAUAUGUACGUAUAUUUUUGUACGUAAUUGUAUUUUUUCACGAUAGGCUUCUUGAAGGAAAGCCACUGUAAAAAAGGAAAGUGGAUGGAUGAAGGGGUGUUGAAUAAAACAUUCUAUAGAUAAAAAUAUAAAUGUGAAAGUUUGUAAAGAUGUUCGUAUAUUUAGAAUUUUGUUUCCUAAACACUUUAUGAAUGUAGUACAUAAUGGGAUUAAAAUAACGAUAAUAUGUAGCGUUCACAUUGAGCCAGGUUGGCUACAUGCAUUUUUAUACGUAAUUCAUAAUUAUCAUGACAUAUUAUUUUUACCUAAAUAUUAGCAAUUAAAAAAAUUAUUCUUUUAAGGAUUCCAUAGAAUCAAAAUGUUCGUAUUUCAUGAAUUAAUAAAUAACUUAUGUUCAAAUUUACACAUAAAACAUCGUAAGAUUAGGAAUGUUAAAAUUAUAUAGAUUUUUUUUUUUCAAUUAUGAAUCUCAACAAUUUUCACUGUUAUUAUAGAUUUAAGAACAAUUUCGACCAGUGUUUAGUGUGUAUUUUACAUUCACAUUUACUAAACAUUUCUAUUGUUUCAUAUUGGAUCAAGUUAUUGUACAGAAGGUAUGUCAUAAUAAAAGUACAUAUUUUAUUCUGUCACAUCACAUGCCACACAUUCGAAAGCGGAAAUAUGGUAAUUUUCAACAGUGAAACUGUAUUUUUUUCUGGUUGUAAUUUAUUUUAUAUUUAACUUUAAUAAAUCGGGUUAAGUAACAACAAAACCAAGAUAUCUCAAUUGUUUGUAUCUUUAUCUCAAUGUCUUUGCCCCAGCCAACAUCAAUUCAAUUCGUCAUCGAUGUUUAAUUUUGUGUGCAAAUGUUGAUUUCUGAAUUUAUUAUGUGCUAGAUUACAUAAAUUUUAUAAAACAAAAUAGAUUUUAAUUCAAUUUUUUUAUACAUACUGUACAUUGACUGAUAUGAGAUUAUUUAAAUUCAUUUAAUUUUUCGACUUAAUUCUUUAUUAUUUUUUAAAGAUAUUGGUAUCUAUGCAAUAAAAAAGUUAAAAGCCAUUUCCACAACUCGAGACUUUAUGUGAUUUAUAUGUAAUGUUGGUAUUAUUUAGUUUUAAGUACCUAUAUUAGGUAGUUGAAUUGAUUAUUUUUUAUAUUUGAAUAUGUUGUAUUAAAGAAGCUUUCCAAAUAGCCAAAGAUGAUAAGUAAAUGUUAAAUGUAAUUAAUUACAAAUGAAUAAAUCUUCUCUUCGACAUGAUGCCUAUAAACCAUCUUUUACCAUCGCACCACUCGCUAUAGGAAAGGAAUCUAUCCUCAUACCCUAGAAUUUAAAUGGUCACGCACAGUGCGAAUUUCAGAGAAGAUUUCUCUUACAAAUGCUCUAGUUGUAGAAUGAUCUUCCUGCUGAGGUUUACCCUAGAGACUACAGCAUGAGGUCCUUCAAAAAACCUUAAUAAAGUUUCUGCUACGGUAAUUCCGUUUACCAUCAUACUAGGCGUAUAGUUGUUUGCCAUUAUAAAUAAAAAAUUUAAAUGAGAAAUUUAAAGAUUUUGUAUAAUAUUUUUAGACGUUGUUCUUUUCAAGGUGUUGAUCAAAGUGAAGUUUGCUCCAAUACUCCAGUUUAGACAUGAGUUCGUAAUUAAGUCAUGGCCAAACUUAAAUGUGAUAAAAUAAUGGUAAUCACAAACAAGGACAAACACAACGUAUAGACAAUUAUUAACACCGAAAAUACAUUGAAAAAAUAUAUAAAAAUACGAACCAAACUUGUCUGCAGAUAAUUUUAAUUUAUAUUUUAACGAUAAAGUUAUCUUCGCUGUGUGUUAAUGGAAAAUUGAUUAGUACGAAAAAUGAUAUCGUAGGAUAUGUGCUACACUAUAGAUUAUAUUAUCUGAUAUUGUCGGCGCCAUGCGUGACCUUAAUUACACUCUAUUCCAAAAACAAAAUUUUGCUAUUAUUUAAUAUUGCACCUACAUAUCAACGGAUUUAAGUUGAAUUUUGAUUUGAGUGCCUUGUGUAUUUCUGCAUGUAUCAAGAAAAACUUAAAUUCAAAUUGCGUUAAUUUCUUGACUUAUUUUAUUCCCGUUUAUAAAACACAAUAAAUGUAUAAAUAUAAUCAUUCCUAAUGAAACAAACAUCAGUAUAUUGAGUAGAUAUUAUUUUUGUAAGUUUAUUUUAUUCUUAAGAAUUGUGCAUAAUAUCUAUGUGAUAAUUUGAUGACUAUUCUUUACAUAAUACAUGUAUAUUUAUUGCAAUAAAACAUGAUAUUUUUAA